AAAACUCCAAUCGAGGUUACUUCCGCACUCGAGGACGCCGUUGUGUUGUUGUAGAACCAGCAUUACACACUACGAUUGAACGAUGCCACGCAAACGCAAAAGUUCUCGUCCAUUGGCAGGUCAACCGAAGGCAAAGAAGCGUGCUAAAGGGAAAGGUGCUAAGACCAAAACAAGCGCGGAAGAUAAAAAAGCUCCUGUUAAAGUGGCAGUCGUGAAAGCAAGCAAGUCAUCGACGUUUGACCUGAAAGCCCUUAUAACGGAAAGCACCUGGGCAAAAGCUUUACAGGGAGUGUUCACAGAGAAAUAUUUUGAAGAUCUCCAGGAUAAACUGGAGCAAGACUAUUUAGGAACAAAGCAAAUCUUUCCUCCAAAAGAAAAGAUUUUUAAUGCUUUUAACCUGACCCCGAUUGACAAGGUGAGGGUCGUGAUUCUUGGACAAGAUCCCUACCACGAUGAUGGGCAGGCAGAAGGGUUGGCAUUCUCGGUGCCUGAUGGACUGGCCGUUCCUCCGUCUCUGAAGAACAUCUACAAGGAGUUGACAACAGAUAUCCCAGGCUUCAAGACCCCUGAUAGUGGAAGUCUGGUGAAGUGGGCAACACAAGGGGUGUUUCUCCUCAAUGCUACGCUCACAGUCGAGGCACACACUCCCAACUCCCACAAGGGCUACGGCUGGCAGACGCUGACUGACCAGGUCAUCAAGAUCAUCAGUGACCAGUGCCCGUUUGUCGUUUUCAUCCUCUGGGGAAACUUUGCACAGAAGAAGGGCAAACUUAUCAAUGAUAAAAAGCACACUAUCAUUAAAAAUGCCCACCCCUCCCCACUGAGUUUCACCCGGUUCACAGGUUGUAAGUGUUUCUCUGCAACCAAUACUGCUCUGCAGAAGAAAGGGUUCUCUCCAAUUAAUUGGUCCCUCUAGUGACCGGAGCUGUGGCAGCUGUAGAAGCUG